UUUCGUCGUGACUGUACAAUCUAGAAAACCAACCCUAAACCCGAGAAGAGGAAAAAAAUCUAUUCCCGUUCCAAAAAAUAAUAAAAAUGGAACUCACCACAAAACUCUUCUCAGUGUUGGUUUUAUGCGCGAUUGUAUUGUUACACCAAACAACUGCCCAAGAAACAAGAGGAAAGGAACUAAUCCAAAAGGUAUGCACAACUGCCCCAAAUAGGAACCUUUGUGUGGAUGUUUUAUCAUCAGACCCUAGCCGAAGCCCCGAUGCAGACCUCAAAGACUUGGCAAUCAUAUCUCUUAGGGUUGCUGCCAAAAACGCAUCUGGCAUGCUUACCGACGCCAAAAGGCUUAUCAAUAAUGCUAACCUUAACCCUGACAUUCAACAAGGUUUAGCUGAUUGCAAGGAGACAAUCUUGGACGCAGAGAGCCAGCUUGAGGACACCAUCGCUGCCUUGUUGGUUGAUUCUAACUCCGACGCUCAAGUUUGGUUGAGGGCUGCUUUAGCCGCAAUCGACACUUGUGACGCCUCCAUCCCUGGAGAUGAUGACAUUCUCUCUGUUAAGAGCAUUGUCCUCCGUAAGUUGUGCAACAUCGCCAUCGCCAUUAAUGGUCUCUUGAACAAACCUGGCCUUUUGAACAAACCUACUCUCUUGAACAAACCUUUAAAAUUCUAUCCUUUCAUGUAACGUGUUUUCUUUGGCAACUUGUGUCAAUCUUAAUUUAAUUUUUUUUAUAUUUUAUUUACGACAUUAGCAAUGUUGUAAGAGUUUUUUUUUUUGUUUUUUUGUUUAAUUUCCUUUUUGUGUAUUUUGUUACAAACAAAAAGGAGGGCUUGUAGUGCGACAAAGGGCAUGAGAAAGCAAACAACGAUAAAUGAUAUGUCUUGCAGGCUAAAAUCAGCUAUUUGAAUGCUUCA